AAGUACUUACUAAGUUAAACGCUGAGACCUGUAACUAAGCAUGAUUCAUAUAUUUUCCAAAAAUAAAAAAUAAAAUAAAUGGUGACAAAUGGCCAACACCAGAGGGCGAAAAUUAGCUUGUAUCUGAAUCCAUGAGGUGGCAUCUGGUGCACUUUGGCGCAUUGAUCACAGUUGGGAAAACUCUUAAAGCGCAAGCCUUCAUUAAGCAAAAUAAAAAAUAAAUCAAAUGAAAUUAGCAAUGUGUUUUAGAACUAUAAACUCGGAAAUGUUUUCUAAGUAUUUUUUAUCAAAUUUUAUGCCAGUCGCUAUACAGCAGCUAGGGUUUUUACUAUAAAUAUAGUCUACAUAAUCUCUGACGAAGUGCGCACUUUUCAGUAGAUUGUGUAUUUAUGAUUUUUGCACCAUGAUUUCAGGCCACGCCCAAAUGUCGCUCCAAGCUUUAGCGUUAUUCAGGCGCGCUGAGCGAGUAGCCAAUCAGCUCUCAGCUCCCUAACCUCUCUUACUUUAGCUUGAAUUGUUUACAUAUGACGCAUGUGAUUAAACCUGACAGAGGACAGACGAUCUGCACUGCCAUGGAUUACAGGGGUCAUUUUGUCAUCACCGCGCUGAUACAGGAUCAUUAAGACAUGCAAUUAAGGACACUGCAAAUUCUUGCAUGGUAUUUUCGGAGGGCAUCUCUACACUAAUUAACAAUGUUCGCACAGUUGGUGUUUUAUUCUUUAAACCUCCUGCAUAUUACUAAUUUAUGCUUGUGCCUAGAAAUCGAUUUUUGCGAACUCGUGCAACUUGGCAGUGCACCCGGUCAGAACGAGGAGAUAAAAACGGACAGCGACGUGGUUUUUAAAAUAAACGCCUUUAAACAGGUCUUCCAUCUGAACGUCGUACCCGACUCCAGUUUUCUCGCACCUGACGGCGCGUAUGAGAAUCACACAGCAAAAGUAUCCUCUCUGCGCAGCUGCUUCUACUCUGGGGAUGUGAACUCGGACCCUUCUUCCUCCGCGGCUCUCAGUGUGUGUGGAGGAGUGCGCGGCGCGUUUUUUUAUAGCGGUAUGGAAUACGAUUUCCAGGUUAGAGGAAAUGAGACCGAUGAUGGAUUCCCAUCCAGCGCUGGAAUGACCCACAUUAUACGCCGCCGGACUGCCCGUAACAUCACUUCGAGAUGCGGAGUGACAUCUGGAAUGAACCGAGGCUCUGCAGAAUCGCUGCAAAUGCGCGAGCGCGUAAAAGCGCACGCAGAAAUUCACACCGAGACUGAUGUGAAAGGCACAAACCGGGCGAAGAGGUUCGUUUCUCUGCCCAGGUAUGUGGAAGUGUUGAUUGUAGCUGAUGAGUCCAUGGCCAAAUUCCACGGGGAUGACCUAAAACAUUACAUUUUGACUCUCAUGGCUGUUGCCGCUAAGCUUUACCGGCAUCCCAGCAUUAUGAAUCUCAUCAAUAUUGUAGUAGUGGAUACGAUGGUGAUUUAUGAGGAUGAGGAGGAGGAUGGACCCAAGAUCUCCAGCAAUGCUGCUCUCACACUGCGCAACUUCUGCACCUGGCAGAGAAGGUUGAACAAGGCGAAUGACAAGCACCCUGGGUACUGGGACACUGCUAUUCUGUUCACGAAGCAGGACUUGUGUGGGGCUACCACCUGUGACACUCUGGGCAUGGCUGAUGUUGGAACCAUGUGUGAUCCCAAAAGAAGUUGUUCUGUUAUUGAGGAUGAUGGUCUACCCUCAGCCUUUACCACAGCACAUGAGUUAGGCCAUGUCCUCAAUAUGCCACAUGACAAUGUAAAGGCCUGUGAGAUAUUUGGGAAAAUAAAGGACAACCACAUGAUGUCCCCUACCCUCAUCCAGAUUGAUCGCAACAGUCCCUGGUCCAGCUGCAGUGCAUCCAUUCUGACCAGUUUCCUGGAUGCCGGCCAUGGUGAUUGUCUACUGGACAAGCCCCAAAAGCUGCUUGCGUUACCAGAUGAUCCUCCGGGAACUGCCUACAGCCUUAUCCGCCAAUGUGAGUUGGCAUUUGGUUCAGGGUCCAGACCCUGCCCGUACAUGCAACCCUGCUCAAAGCUAUGGUGCACAGGCAAGACCAGGGGGCAGCUGGUGUGCCAGACUCGCCACUUUCCCUGGGCUGAUGGCACCAGCUGUGGCAACAACAAGAUCUGCUACAGAGCUGCUUGCACUAAUAGGAGCACCACCAUGAAACCCACGGUAGAUGGACAGUGGGCUAAAUGGGGAGCGUACGGUUCUUGUUCUCGAACGUGUGGAGGAGGAGUUCAGCUGGCAAAAAGGGAGUGCAGCAGCCCUGUUCCAGAAAACGGGGGCAAAUACUGCCAAGGCCUGCGUGUAAAAUAUCGCUCCUGCAAUCUGGAGCCAUGCAAAUAUUCAGGCAAAAGUUUUCGUGAGGAGCAAUGCGAGUCCUUCAAUAACUUCAGCCUCAACACCAGCCGACUCGGACCCUCUGUGAUGUGGGUCCCUAAAUACUCCGGUAUUUCUCCAAAAGACCGAUGCAAGCUUAUCUGCAGAGCCAGUGGCACAGGAUACUUUUAUGUUCUUGCUCCAAAGGUCGUGGAUGGAACACUUUGCUCCCCAGAUACUUCGGCAGUCUGUGUUCAAGGGAAGUGCAUUAAAGCCGGCUGUGAUGGAAAGCUGAGUUCCAGCUUAAAGUAUGACAAGUGUGGAGUGUGUGGAGGGAACAACCAGAACUGCCAAAAAUUCUCCGGAGUGUUCACCAAACCUGUAAAUGGAUAUAACUUUGUGAUCACCCUACCAACCGGCGCUUCAAAUAUAGACAUCAGGCAACGUGGCUACCGCGGAAUGGUCAACGACGACAACUACUUAGCCGUCAAGAACAUUCACGGUCAGUAUCUUCUCAACGGCAAUUAUGUUGUGUCUACUGUUGGGCGGCACAUCAUUGUAAACGGCACUACGCUACGCUACAGUGGAACCUCCACAGCUGUAGAGAAGCUGCAGACGAUGAGACCUCUCCAGGAGCCUCUGACAAUAGAGGUGCUGUCUGUGGGGAAAAUGACACCUCCCCGUGUGCGCUAUUCAUACUACCUGACCAAGGUGAAGGAGGGGAAGAUUCUGAAGAAAGAGGACACGAAGCAUGUACAGAACAGCAUUCUGGUAGACACCAACAAAGUGCAACUAAAAAAGCUAGCCUAUCAGAAACCUUCCAGCAGUUGGGUUACCAGUGACUGGGAAGAAUGUUCUGUAAGCUGUGGCAAUGGAUUUCAGAAAAGACUUGUCCAGUGUCUGGAUUCAAAUGGGAAAGCAACUGCAUAUUGUGACAGCAGUCAAAAGCCUAGUUCUCAGAAGGUGUGUGGUGACCCUUGUCCUAUGUGGCGUAUCGGCGAGUGGUCUUCUUGCUCCAAAAGCUGUGGGAAAGGUUUCAAGAAAAGGGCUCUACACUGUAUCACUCAAACCGGGCUCCUCCUAGCAAGAGACCGCUGCUCAAGCAAGAGGAAGCCCCAGGAACUGGAUUUCUGUACUGUUCAAACUUGCUAGAGACUUGUUAAGACUUGCUAGAACUCCUUCAGGCGUUGUGGACAUGGUCCAUAGCACUGUUAUUUUUUUUUUUUUCAGUUUAAACAAACCUCUUGAUUUACGUUUGCUGUCACUUGGGUUUCUCAUGGUUCCUCACCUGUGUACCAUGAUUCGACAUGAGAUAGUGAUAGUGACUGGAGAGACUGCAGACAUACAUGUUUGGAGAGGCUGAGGUGAAAACGUUUGCAUUUUUGUGAUGAUUUGAAGUCAUACAUAACCUACCUCUAAAAGACACUGACCCAUGAUUUGUUAUAUGAUCAUAACUUUCAUUUUCAUAUGGUGACAAAUACAAUUCAUUUACAGACAAAACGUUCGACAGAUCAGAGAAACUUAUCUCAUUUAUACAACUAAGCAGCUGAGGGUUAAAGGCCUUUCUAAAGGGCCUAGCAGUGGCAGCUUGGUGGUCCUGAGAUUUGAACUCACAACCUUCCAAUCUGUCAGCCAACAUCUUAACCAUCGCAAUGCUCUUGUUCUACAAAAUAUCCUGUGAGUGGUUUCAUUUGUUGACGCUGCCUUUAUACGGCACUCAAUGAUUUCUAGUAUAACUACAUUCCUAAUGAAACAGCCACACAGUUAAAACCACACAGGCGAAAACGAUUUGUCAGAAAAUAUUUGUCAUUUUUUUAUUUUUAAGCUCUAGUGUACGUAAGCUAAAUUUAAUUGUAGCCAUUUGUAAUGCGUUAAACACUGUUUUUCCCAUCAGUGUGAUUAUUUUAUCCCUAUGGUUACCCUCUAGCUCCAAACAUCAUCCUGUUCCCCAUGUCCCUUCAAAGUAACACACACUUAUGUGUACUGGUUUUAUUCUCUGCUGUAUCUGAGGCAAGUCAAGUUAGACAAGACUUAAACAUCUAUUGCUUUAUAUGAUUGUAGUUAGGAAGGGUUAGGAAACUUUUUCUUUUCUUUUCUUUUUUUUUUUACUAAAAGUUCAUUCUGAAGAUGUAUGUCGUAUCUUUCGCUGUAGUAAGAAGCACUUAUAUUUUGUUACCAGUUUCCAUUGUAUACUGUGUAUACAUUAUCUUAACUGUGCAUAAAUAAACAUUUAUGCAUGUUUUUUAAUGAAUUAUUGUACAUACUUCAUACUUUUUUUUUUUAAAACAAAGCAUAUAGAAUAGAAAAUGGCGUUUCCAAGCAACAGGGAGCAGAAGGUUAGAUCAUUUUGUCAGUGUGAUAGAGUUGAAAAUUACUAGUGCUUCCACUGCACACUGUAAUCCUGCUGAUACAACUGUUCUGUCUCCUCGGGAAAAAAACAAAGCCACUGCCUACCACAUGCCGAAUAAUCCUUUUCUAUUGUCAAGGAGAACGAGACCCACGCACACAUAUCAGACGUCUAACUGCACAUGUUUUAUACAUGCUUACUUUGUAGGUUUAUGCUUUUUUUUUAAAGAGAAAUAUUGAAAGGAAUCUUUUAUAACAAGACAUAGCGAUUUUAUAUCUGGCAAAGAAUGUUAUAUGGCGUUAUCUUAUGAUCCAGCUGAUCUGGAAACAGAUUUCUUUUAUAUUGAAGUCUGUAUUUGUGUAAGAUAAGUAAGAUACAGUGAGCUCUUAAGGGAAAAUAAUGAUGGAGUAGUGUGGCUCAGUUUUAAGGGUUACUGUUGAUUAUUUCACAGCAUGUGAUUUAUUCCUGUCAUACCAUUAUGAGUUUGAUUUUGAUAUGGCCAAAAGUAUGACCAUCACACCCAUAUCACUGCUCUUCCCCAAAGUUAGAAGCACAUGACUGUGUAUAAGACGUCUAUCUAUGCUGCAGCGUCAAAAUGACCCUUCACUGGAAUUAAGAUGCCCAAACCUGUUCCAGUCCACCUUUGUGCUGAACUGGAACACUGACUGCACCCCAGGAAUCUUCACCCAAAAUCAGGGCCUGAUCUCACUAAUGCUCUUGUAGACGCAUGAAUAAAAAAAUCCUGACAUUCACAAUACAACAUCUUCAACAAGCACAUCUGGGUGAGAUGGUCAGGUGUCCAUAAACAUUUGGUGAUAUGGUGUAGAUCCAUUCAGUGUUAGUUGUUAUAGCAGCUAUAAAGUCGUUAUCUCUCUUCAGUUAUCCUUUUUUAAAGUUGGAUAACUGAAUAAUAAACUGGAGAGUUUAUUUCUUUACGCUAGGGGGGAAACGAAAGAGAAAAUGCACUCCCUCAAAACUUAUAACCUGUGAUGCCUUUCAUUUCAUACAAAAGCCUGUGGAGGGCCAGCCACAAUACGUAAGAGGAGAUGCUUCCCCAUGUUUCAGCCUUUGUAAAGCAGAUGACUGCUUUCCUUUUCAAACAGCCGUCACAUGGCCUUUAACCCUGCUGGCUAAAUAUUUUCCGCGGCUUUGGGUCUUUUGUGCCCUUCAACUGGCAAAUCCCACCAUUUGGCAUUGCAAACAUCCAUGAAAAUCUUUAUGAUCAGCGUUUCAGAGGAUAAUGUCACCUGAAGGCCAUAUUUAGUGGCUUCAAUAGCGGACUGAAAUUUGCUACUAAAGAGCAUUACAAAAUAAAUUCUGUGAGUUUGGAUCUUUCGAAAAAUUUAGACCACUGUCAACAAAACAUUUCUACAAUUUCUUUGUAAAAAGAAAUGGUCAUCUCUUUAUGUGUGGGGAUGUGAAGAAAAAACUGUGUACAAAGGAGUUACUUCAUUAUCAUUUUAAAAGGCUUAGGCUCCUGAAUGAUUAUUAUUUUUAAUGUCCAGACAAUAUUUAAAAACAAAGCCUUUAGUCUUCGAGAGCAGCAGUGUAGUCAAAAUGGUUGGUUUUCAGCUUCUCCUUAUCCCGUAAUUCUUUGUUUGGACCACCCAUGAAUUCAAAAGUCAAGCAUGACAGCAACCUACUAUUGUUUUAGUGAUAGCACAGAAGAAAGAUUCCCUUUAUCUUGUGUGGUGGCACCAUGUGAGGUGCAGCUUUCUGAAAGGUCUUUCAGGGCUCAGGCUUAAGUAAUAGACAAGCUCGGUUAGAAGGGGUCAGUUCUGUUAGAAGGAUCUCACAUAAUAACCAGGACCUAUAAACUCUGCAGGAGACGGAGAGAAAAUAAAGGCGACAACAUCAAGAUCUUUGCAUUCAAGGAUAUGACCGGGUUUCAUUUAAACCUCAGCUUCAUUAAAAGUUAUUUAUCUGCCUAAAAUAGUGAACUGACUUUAAAUGGGCUUUAAAUGAAAUUUGUGAAGGUCUCUGUACAAAAAUCCUCGCUUACAAAAGUCAUUAUAAGCAACUAGCAUUAAUGACUGGACGCAACAGUUACUUUUAACGUUAAACAUUCACAUAUGGAUAAGAAUAAGCUCAUAUGAAGUGGUUUGGUUUGCUCCUUUGACUUUGCGUGGAGAAAUUGGAGGGGAAAGUAAACACACACGGCGCCUCUAGAAAGUCUUACCCUAUGCUCCAAUUUUUCUUGUAGCUGUUCAACAACAGCAAUUUUAAGUAUAUCAGAAUGGGAUCUCUUUUCAGCUCCAUUUAAAGUUCAGCUCGCUACAGAAAUAAAUGUAAAUAAAUGUCCUCAGAAUUAUAUGUAAAAAAAAAUCUAAAAAAUCAAAAGAUAUUCAGAAUGAAUUGUCCUUUUGCAGAAAUAUUAUUACAAUAAAUAAUACAAUUAUUUACAAUAAAUGAUGUAAAGAAAUAAUGCCUCUCUACCAAAUUUAGAAUUUGGCAUUUUCUGUCAAAUUAAAUGGACAGUGUUGGUGGUCAUGCCACUGAUAUUCAAUUACAUUUAAGUCUGGGCUUUGACUCAGCCUUUCAUUUAUUCAAGCCAUUAUUUUCCAGGUUUUUUUUUUUCUCCAUUUUCUCCCUAAAUCCAGAGUUUCUCCCUAAAUCCAGUCCACAACUUGCUUAUAUAUGGCUCCAUGAGUGUUGCUUUUGAUAGCAACAAACUUUCCAAAACACUUCAACACACUACCCCUGUACCCUUAUCUGAUGUUCCUACCAAUAACCUUUUAUUUCAUUAACGAUUACUAUUAAAAAACACUUUGUUUAGCUUAUUUAAAGUGUAGUAUGAAAUCUCCUUAAAAUAUAUAUAUAUAUAUAGCCUUCAUGUCUGUCCUAAUUUCUCCCAUCACUAUGCUUAUUUAAAAAUAUUUCCUGUUAUUACAAAGUUUCACUUCUUAGGGGAAAAAACAAGUAUUCCCCUAAAUGUUUUGCUUGUGUAGAGCUCAAUUUUUAUUAUUAUUUUGGGACGUGGUAGCCUAGUGGUUAAAGCUUGGACUAGUGAUGGGAAGGUUGUGAGAUCAGAUUCCAGGUCCACCAAGCUGCCACUACUGGGCGCCUAAGCAAGGCCCUUAACCCUCAAUUGCUCAGUUGUAUAAAAUAAGAUAAAAAUGUAAGUCGCUCUGGAUAAAGACAUCUGCCAAAUGCCAGAAAUGUAAUGUAAUUUUCAUGUUUUAUGCCUCAGGGUUUUGUUAGGAAUAGUGUUACUUGGGAGUUAUUUGUUUUGUGCCAAACAUUGCUUUGUCUUUAAACCAAAUUGCUUGACAUGACUCUCAUCAGACCACAAACUCUUUCUCAAAAGCUUCCUUCAGUCCUUUCUCUGACUUUAGACGGUAGGGCGAAAACUUUUUAUCAUGCAGGUUUACAGACUUUUUUUUAAAAUAAUUGCUUUAAAUACUUUAUUUAACUUCAUUUAUGUAGAUCGCAACUUUAAAAUAAGCUGGAAAUAUUUCCAUUCUUAUAUGCUUAAGUCUGAUGCCUAAUACGCUAAAAGGUGCAACACAGUAAAAUGAGAAUGAACCCCUUUAGGGGAUGAAUACUUUCUGGAGUACUUCUCUGUUCGAUUGUUUUAAACAUUCUGUUCUUCUUGUCAACUUUCUCAUCAACCAAACCACGUCAGCACUUCACUAAUCAGACUUGAGAGGGUAAGUGAAAUUAAAAACCCCAUGAAAAUCUGCCUUCAGGUAAAUACAUUACAUGACUGUAUGGGAUUGACAAAGGUCUUUUGCAAAAAGCUGUGUUGGUUCAUGUCUAAAUCCCAGAAACAUUUGAAAGAUAUUCGAUCUGGCACCAACAACCACGCGACAGUCCUUGAGCUCCUCAUUCUGAUGUUUGAACUGAACAUAAACUGAAGCAGGAGGGUUCCUAGUUACAGUCUGCUCCAUAGUUGGAUUGCAGCUACCAGGCUUUAUUUGUCACAUAUACAUUACUGCAGAGUGAAAUUCCUCCCGUCCUAGGAGGGUUGGGGUCAGAGCGCAGGGUCAGCCAUGACGGAGCGACCCUGGAGCAGUGGGGGGGUUGAGGGCCUUGCUCAAGAGCCCAAUGGUGGUAGCUGGGCAGUGCUGGGGCUUUAACCCUGAUCUUCCGAUCAACAACCCAGAGCCUUAACCACUUGAGCUGCCAUUGUAGAGAAGGACAACAUGAGCUUCAUCCUAAUUUGCCACAGUUUGACCUAGACUGAUUGGUCUUUUCACCCUACUUGUUGUGCAGUGCCAAGCCUCUGAAUACAGAGCACCGCAAAUCGGUUUUUUUUUUUACAAAGAUGUGUUCUGGCAGAGUUUCCAAGUAAUUUGCUGGAGGAAAGUAAUAAAAGCCCCACUGGAUUUCACUCUUCAACUGAUAAUGGGAUUACUGUCCAAAAGAGCCUCAUUGUGACGUUGUUGGAACAAACAGUCAUUGAAGGGUAAAUGCACAGUGACAGACAUGCAUUCAGUGCUCCACAAAAGCUUGCGGAAAUUAAUAUCAAAUUAGCAGCACUAUGGGAGGGUAAAUAAAACUAGCAGCCCUUGAGUAAAUACAGUAGAUAGCAAAAGCUGUUAUAGUUCAACCAUCACUUGAGGAUGAAAUACACCAUGCUUUAUUUAAUAAUUCAGUUAAUGUUGAAUUCAAACAUCAGAAUAAGGAUCUCAGGGACUUUUGUGUGGUUGUUGGUUCCAGACAGGACAGUCUGAAAAUCUUAUUUUUAUGCACAUGAACCAAACGGCUUUUUAAAUC